UCCUCCGCGCCGGGUGCACGUAUAUACCGCGCGCUGUCGAAAUAUACAAUUUGUUUGUCAACAAUAAUUCCAUCGAAUCAUCGAUAAUUGCGUAACAACUCUCGCUGUUCUAUUUUUAUAAUAUAUCUGUGUUUGUAAACAGUGAUGUGCUUGUUAUGAAUAGAGCCGUUUCCCCCUUUUUGAAAACGUUCUAUUUCUGUUUAUCGUGGACGGUAGUGUUCGUAGUGGUAGUGAUGUGAAUUGAAAUUGGAUUCAAUCAUGUUUGGAGUAUUCAUUAGACGGUGGAAGCCUAAAAGAUCAUCGAACAAUGAAAGAAGUGAAAGUCCGGAGCCAGAUGACAAUGUGUCACCGGAACCUCCCGAUAGACCCCCCGGGAAGGUGCGCCAAGUGCACCCAGAGCAGAAAACGCAAUUGCUCGCAUACGACUCCACGUACCGCAGAAAGAACAAACCAAACUCCCUGCCCUUAGAAGACAAUCAGAUGUAUAACCAUUUAGCGAAUACGAACGUCGCUAUGUCGCCCAUGUAUCCCUUGACGCCGAACAUUUGUAUCGAAGGUGGGAAGAUUGAGUUCAUAAAAUCUCCACCUGUCAGUGCUAGGAACAGCAUGGCGCUAGCGUCGCCGCCACAGACGCCGCUAGCGACACGCCGCGGAUCUCGUGACAAACGUGACAUAAGGGCAGGGAGCGAUGAGCCGGAAAAGUUCGACGGUGAUAAGGAACUGCUAGAAAAGCGAAUAAAGCAGUUGGAGGGACAGCUAGAGGAGGAAAAACGAAAAACUCAGCGCGAGCGCAUGGCGGUCACUAAACUGCAGAAUAAAUUAAUUAAGCGCGAGGGUGCUGCGCGCAACGAUGCGGAACGUGAGCGUCGCGCGCGCGGCGACUGGGAGGCGCGGGCGCGCGCCGCUGAAGCGGACGCGGCGCGACUCGCGGGCAAGCUGCACGCUGCGCAGCGGGAGAUUGUCAGAAUGGAAGAAACGGUACGCUCGCUGCUUCAACACAAGAAUCGAGUGGAAACUUUGAAGCAAGAGAAAGCGUCUUUAUCUUCAGCGCUGGAGGCGUCAGCAGCGCAUUACCAAAGUCAGUUGUCAGUGCUGUCAGCUGAAAACGAGCGGCUGCGGGGUCAGUUGUCAGCACUGUCAGUCAGCCUCGGGGUCGGGGAGCAUGAGAAAAAGUUGGACGAUGUUGCGCAACAAGUCGUGCGAGCGCUGCUCUCUCAAAAGAGCGUGCGCGAAGAGCUCGGUUGUGCAAGAGCCCGUAUCCGCGAGCUAGAAGCACAAAACAGAGCGUUAAGCGCGUUGCUGGUGCGGCAACUCCGCCCGCAGCCGCGCCCCUCGCCGGCAACGCCGCACACGCCGGCCGCGCACACUCCCGCUACACCGCACACGCCUGUUACACCGCUUAAUAGGGAUCUGCAAGUACACCUCCUAGACGUGGGUUCAUGCGGGUCGCUAGUAUCGUUCCGCGACUCGCCGCCGCCCGGCCCGCCCGCGCAGCUGCCGCACGCGCUCAGUCAGGACGACAAGAGGCGACAUCAGAUACUAGCCGAUAUAUGGACUGAGCUAAAGGGUCUGGAAGUAACGCCAGCGAACCUAGCCCGUGCGUUGUCAGCAGUGGAUCCCACGCUGUGGGCGGCUCCCACACGACCCGCCACGCUCAGUCUUAGCGUGCCCAGUGCGGAAAAAGGGAAAGAAGCAACAGUAGAAAAGGAAGAAGAAACGGGCGAGCAAUGUGAAGCGGGCGCAGAAUCUCCAGAAAGCGGCGCCAAAGACGAAGGUUAUUCCACCAUGUCUAGUGACGUGCAAGCAGAUGCUUCACGUCAGAGUGAUCAUGCUGUAGACAGAGUUCUACCAGACCUGAACGAAGCGUCUGACGAGACAGACAACCAGACCAUCGUGUCCAUCAACCCGCGGGAGACUCGUCGACACGCCAGACUGCUCGCAGAAGCAGACUAUAUUUACUUCCCCAUUGGUGUCGCGUUUGCUGGCAUAAGGGGUAGUUAUCCACCCUCCCGACCAGUUCUACCCUUCCAACAUGUUGUUCGCAGCUUCUCAGAUUCUCAUUUGUGUUUAAAACUACUCGCUGGUACCACCUGUCCAACUAGCUGCCUAGAUUCCCCCUCCCCUAGUUCGGGUGUUUUAGUUCUAGAUCUCAAACCGUCACCAGAAAGACCUUUAAGGAGGCCGGCCAUCGCUUCCACUACUAGCUCAGAAAGAGUCUCCUGGGGAAGUACUGUUGAUGAACGAGCAGAUGGAUCUCAGUUCGAUUCUGACUACGUUCAACAUUGGUUAGAACUGGACGACGCUAGAUCUGCUCUACAACAGAGGCACAGAGAUUUAGCGGACUUAGAAUACGAUAGAGCUGAAUUAGAAGACUGGAGCUUGUCGUUGUCGUGCGAAGAUCUCAGAGAUAGACAAUCACCUUUCGCUGAAAUAACGACGCCCGGGCAAAUAUCUCUAUCCACUCUACCAAGUAUAAGGGAAGAUGAUGCGCUAGAAUUAGAAGAAGAUGUAGGUGAUUGCUUAUGGAAUGAUUGCGGUUUUGCGACGGUAGAAAUCGACGAAUGUCGGAUAGCCGAUGAUAACGAAACUUCAGAAAAGAGAUGGGAAUAUUCAGGAACACAUUCUCCCGGUGGAUCGUGGUCGAGUGCAUCUGAUGCCCCAGAAAAGAGAUCUAGCACAGCUUUAAGCGAAGACGGUGACUGUGCAAACGUCGGUUUAGAUUUCACAAGAGAUUUCUACCGUCUCGUUAAAUAUGAAAGCACGAAGAGCUUAGCGUCGAAUUCUUCAAAAAGCGUGCCGAAUCAAGAUCAAAAUAGUCACUUGAGAAUUCAUGACGUGCAGUCAAUGGCGUUACAAGACCGAGAGCAAGCGCUACAGAACGUGCUCAACUUCAUAGCGGAACAACAGAAGUACUGCCGCGAUAGAGAGGAGUCUGAUUCAAUGUCGUCCCGUCCUGUGUCUGAAAUACGAGAAUUACCUCCUCCAUAUGCCGCUGCUGACUUUGACGAUGAAUCCGUCGACCCGCGCAGUGAAGUUUCCGAUGACAGGCAAAGGCCUGAUUCAUUCGGAAGUUUCUCUGAAAACGAUUCAUGUGAUAUACACGAUAGACCAAAAGUUGCAUUCUGUGACGUAGUAUCCGAGCCAAAAUCAACGCCAAGGUUCAUAGAAAAAGAAGAACCUUACGCAGAAUCAGAAGGUUAUUACGUCGAUAUGUCGCAAGCGGAUAACGCGGAAAAUGAAAUAGACCAACACCAUUUGCUCAAAGUUCAGAGAAAGAACGAAAUCAACAAAAUAAUCGACGUAAGCAAUCUAACAGAUCUCGAUCAGGCGUCUUGUUUACGAGACGACAAAACGGAAACUGAAGCUAGUCGCCCAGAGAACUGCCCAUUAAAAGAGAACAAUGUAAAUAUAAUAAACAGGCCAGUACCAAAUGAAAAAGAGGUAGAAACGUGUCUCGCGAAGUCAAUGAGUUUUCCGAACACGAGCGAGACAGAAAUAUCUCUAAUGGACGAGAUAUUAAACGCUUGUCGGCGAAGCACAGUCGCUUUAGUAACCGUCCCAGAAGAGGAAGAAAACUCGUCACCUGAGACGAGUUCCCCUCAAAUGACUGAAUCGAAUACGACCAGCACUUCUACAGCUGAAACUGUGAUAAUAAGCAAUAAGAAUGACGGGAAGGAUGUACGGAGAAGGGAGAAGAGUCGAAUCCCUACAUUAAUGGGCGGGAAAAGGCCGCCAUCUUCCCCGAAUAAGACGAAAUCCAAAAUACCCGUAGCAGAUAAGAAUAAAGCAACGAAUCAAGUCACCGAGUCGAUUAUAGUUAAGCAGGAACAUACGUUGAGUUUCCACGAAGCGGCUACGUCUAAAGAAGUCAUUGAAGAGCUUAAUAGAAUGAUUCGUCAGAGUGAAGGAGCUCCGGCUGAAGUUAAGAAUGAAGAAAGAACAGAGAACGCAUAUGCUCAAAAGGAUAGUGCGUUGUGGGCGCCCACCGGUUGGGUGCAUGUUGAAAAAGAUAUUGAUUUCAGCGAUCCUAAGGCGCGCGCCAAUCUCCUAGACGUGAUGCUCGCGUCGAGCGACUCGUCCCCCUCCUCGUGCGGCUCGUCGCCCGCCGACGCGCCGCCAUACUCGCGUCUGCACAGGUUACACCGCUCGAGGAGACAGAAAACUGCGGCGGCGCUGCGGCGCGGCGGCGGGCGGCCCCGCGCGCGCCCCACCAUCCUCGGCCGCGACGACUUCUUCGUGCGCUUCGCCGAACCCGAACGAGCCGCCGUCGCCUCAUUCGACUUCCUCGACGAACUCUCCGGCAACUCGUCGCCGGACACCAAAGACUGUCAUUGAUUGUGUGACUGAAUAAAGUGUAUUUGCGCGCCUUUUGUUUUUUUUUGUGCUUGGGUUCUGUCAGUUUUGACAGUUGUGUUGAUACGUUAUUAUUAGGGGAGAAAUCAGGAGAAAUACAGCUUUUAUGUAUCUGUGAAUCUGUUUUCUGUAGAACUGACUUUAUUAUGCUUGUAGGGAGUUUUACAGCAACGUACCGAAUAUAUUUUUAUAUGUUGUGAUAUUCCCGCUCUCGGUCGCUUUCGACGCCAAUUAUUAGUAGGCGGCUGCGACUAGGCUGCAGCUUUUCUGCCAAUAGUUUAUUAGGUGUAGUCGUUCUAAUAAUCUAACGAAGCACUUAAUCUUAAGUAAGCUCGGGGAGGACGAGUCGGUCAGUGACUGCGUUAUUUUAUGUUUACUUCGGGUCUAGUUAUUGCAUUUGUGACAAGAUAUAAUGAGACUGCGAACGGCUGCUUGAGAUCCGUAAAGGACCCGAAAUUAUUAAUUACUUCUGCGUUGUUCGCUUACGCUUCGUACCGGUAACACCGACCUAGGUAAGAAGAUAAGUAAUGACUAAGUAGGUAAAUGAAAGCUGCGGCCUCGAAGUAAUGUGAUAUUUUUGUAUAUACUGUAAGUCCCACUUAUUUUCGUAUACAUUUAAAUGGAUUCCUUUGAACUCGAAUGAAGCGUACUGUUGGGUUUAGAAUGUGUAUUUAGUGUGCCCAAACGUGUGCUGUUAUAUUAAGGUGUACUCUUAGCACACACGAGGGAACUCCCUUGUGGGUUUACUAUAUUGUAAUUUUAAGUACUUAUGUAAAUAUUGACGAUUAUUUGCGUAUCGAGCUAGUAACUACACUUAAAAGUUAUAAAGAAUAGUCAUAUUCUAUAAUGGUCGAAUAAUCUUAUAAAAUCCAUUAAAUCAAAGGGUACUAAAUAUGAUAAGUGUAUAUAUGUUAUGACGUCACUGAAUGCUAUUUAUUAUUUUGUAUCAUUUGCGUUGUCUUUGUGUAUAAUUAGGAACAUAUCAUAAAAUUGUAUUAUUUUCAAGUAUCAAUGUAAUAAUUAUUAUUAGCAAUGACAUGAGAAAAAUGAUUAAAAACAAACAAACAAGUAUGUUAUUACAUUUUUCAUACCUAUAACCUAAGCCUAAAACAUAUUUAACAUUAUUCGUAAAUCAUUAAAAAUAAUAUUGUCUUUUGGCGAUGGACCUGUCCAGAUGACAGUCGGUAUGAAUAAGGUGACGUUUCAGUUGGCGCCAAAUCAAAGAUUUAAAUCCAAAAUAGGUACUCGUGUCAAAGCUUAUUAUAGUUGCAAAAUAAUUUACAGAAUGUAUAAGAUUGGAUGUGGUUAUGAACCUUGUGAAUUCGUAGUGACUUGCUACUUUAUUACGCAUAUUUGUCGUAAUGGCGAAACCAAAGCUAUUAUUUACACAAAAUACAGAAUAUUGCCACCACUUGUUACGCUGAAACACAAAUUAAAUUGCCCGUUUUAUUAUUAGUUACCCCAGCUUUGUUUUAAUGGCAAACGUUGAAGACAAUAAGGAAGAUUUUUACCUAUUAUAUUAAUGAAUAGAAACGAAAUGUCGACUCGACCGAUAUCUAAAAUAUUAUCUAUUCUAUUAGUACUUAUAUUUAAAUUGGUAUAUACUUAAGUUCGGGUACACUAUACAAUAUGUCAAUAGUUUUCGCUGUUUUAGAUCAUUAAAAUCAUCAGAAAUAUUUUACGAAGCAAUAAACACCAAUUAUUAUUAAUAUAUUUUUGACAAUUUAUUGGAAGACGUAAGAUGUAUUCAAUUAUGUAUCCGAGCAAUGUACAAGGUUUAAAUAUUAAUGUAUUUCAUUUAUAUAAAUUAACUAGACCUUCAAAUUAGGAUCCUGAAAUUUACAACUGAUUUAGCGAUAGAAAUACACUGUUCCUAUAAUAAUAGUUCACUCCUGUCAAUGUAGGUGUAAAGUUGUGUGGAUUGACCUCUUGACUUGUAUUGGCAAUUUAUUUCUGUCAUUAAUACAUUGUAAUAAUAAUGUAAUUGUAGGAUCCAGAAGUACUGUGAUUGGUAACUACCAAGUUUGAAGCACAAUCGGAUAAAUAGAAAAUAUGAAACGUAUUCCUCAAUAUUGGGUGCAUUUUUCGUACACUCUAACCUAAGAUAGAGAUACUUGAAAUAGGUAGGUACUUUGAACAGUACAAAAUGUGUAGAAUAACAGUAUAAUUUAAUUAUAUACUAUUGCAGAUGGGUUAAAUAAACGAUUCCGUUCCCAAAUAA